UGAAUAUUUUAUAGUAUCGUCUACAGAAUAUAGUAUAUAAGUCGAAAGUAAAAUUCUCUGUAAAAUGUUUUUCGUGUAAUUUUACAGUUAAACUAUCGUUAUAGAGAGUUCAUUAUGUUACGUUUUAUCGCAUGGAUUGCUGCUUUCCUCAUAUUGAUCGGAUCUGUUUGGUCACAGGAAGAUCUUUUUGAAGAAAAAAUUGAGCAUAAUAUACCAAAAUUUGGCUUUACUCUUCUCGAACCUUUUCGAAAAUAUUUUUGUAACAAUUUUUGCUCUUCAUCAUCUCAAUUAUAUAUAAUGAAUUUUGCAUGUGCUAUCAAAUGUCCUGAAUUAUAUCUACCUCAUCAAACUUCAACAAUGGCGCCAUAUUCAAGUACAUCUUCAACGAGCACUACAACUAUGAAUAUGACUACAUAACUGAUUAAUAUAAUUACAAUAUAAAUGAUAAUAUGCAUAUCUAAAUAUAUGGAUCAUUAUGGUAUUAAAUAUACAAAUAUUGUAUUAUGAAAAUAAAUAACACUUUUUAUCUUA